ACGCCUACGCCAUGACGCCGAUUUUGAUAUUGGAUUGGAAAGAAAGGAUGAGUGUGAAAUGUAAAGGCGUUAUUUGUUGUGAUGAUGUGAUUGAUUGGUGUCUCUUUGCUACCAUCUUUCAUUCUCCGGCUGGUCCUUUAUAAUCUUUAUCGUUUGCUCCUUCAUCCCUCUUUUUGCACUUUGAGCUGGUCUCUCAAAGUAGUAGUCAUUCGUACUGGUACGAAAAGACAUCCACAGCAAAACAUUUGGAUUCAUACACCGCUCUCCGGUAGAGCAAAAGAGCAACAAUCGCCAUGGUCACUCGACAUGAUGUCAUUCAAUCAUCCGAGGCAGCAACUUUAUCGGGCAAAAUUGGAUUAAUCUUAGGUGGUUUGCCUGAAGACAAAGAUACUUUACCUGCCGUCUUAUUCAUUAUUUUAUAUGUCGCUCUUUUCAUUCCAGUCAUUUGGAGGAUAUCAAAGCAUACGCUCACAUUUGGUCAAGUUUGGAAACCGUUACUGGUAAUCAUGUUAAGAGUGACAACUUUUGCAUUUCGAAUUAAACUUUCUGACGAUCAAGAUUGGAAUCAAAAUAUCUUUGUUACUCAAUUGAUUCUGUUGCGUUUGGGUCCGAUCAUUUUAACUUCAGCUCUGAUCUGUUUAUUACGUGAUGCCGUCAUUCCAUAUCUACCUACCGUCGAUGCGCCAAAUUUUACGGUAAAAUUCUUGCUGAAGUAUUUUGUUGCAUUACUCAACAUGGCAACUUAUUUCGCUUUUGGUUUAACAAUUGCCAUUGCAUUUGACGUCAAAGCAGCAAUAAACGGGAAUCCAGAAGCAAGGGUAAAAAUGCAUAUUAGCAAACAAAUUUCAAUUUGGAUGUUAGUCGGAAUUGAUGCUUGUAUUUAUAUCUUGGUAAUCACUCCGAUGGUAAGACUGUAUCAAGGAAUGUACAUUCAACGACUGGUUAUUUCACGCAAAAAAGAAGAAUCCAAAUUCUUGGCAAUCGCAUCCGUUUGUACUUUUUUGCUCGUCGUAUCCGCUUUCAAGGCACUUCAGUUGGCUGCUCACGGUCGUUUCAAUUCUCGAUAUGCACUUGUGGUGAACAAAAAGAUUUUAUUCUAUUGUGUCUGUUGUGCUGGCGAAUAUAUCGCUUGCAUGCUUUUGGCCACUUUACCGUGGGCUCGAAUGGUUCCUCCUCCAGAAAUUCUGGAAGCUUUUUGUCGAGUCUAUAGCUCCAAUGACGGUGGUAACGGUGGAAAUGGGAAUGGAUUUACAGGACCAAAUGCAACGAUUACACAAACAGCAGUGAUUCCAUGGCCACAACCUCCUCCACCCGGUGUUCAAACAGAUGGAACAGGCAUUCCAGCCCCAGGCACGAAUAGUGGCCACGCUGGAAGCUGAAGAAGAGAGAAAUUAUUUUGCAUCAAUUCACAAGUACUAGUCUUGCAUUCUCACUCUCUUUCAAUCGUUUUUCGUGUAACUAUACUUAUCACAUUCC